GUACCGUACUUCAUAGAUAGUGCAGUAUCAUACCACAGAUUAAAUAAAGUUUUAUUUAAUCUGUGAUCAUACUCUCAUAUUCUAUAUUCUAUACCUACUCUAGAGUCCAGAAGUCCAGACAAUCCUCGUUUAUAUUAUAUAUUAUGCGUAAAAUUGUUUACAUGGGCAGUUAAACAGGCUACAAUAACUCAAUCCAUAUUCCAUAGUAUAAUAUGAUCUAAGUCGUAGUUCCUGUCUCCUGUUGAUAACGCUAAAAUUUAAAAAAUACUUAGGUAUCAAUAUGCCUGCAUAUUCUUUAAUCGAAUAUAAGUUACGUCGUUAUUUAUAUUUGGGACAUAACUAUUGUAUAUAUGUUCCUCCUCCAAUUCGAACUUCAUUUUGGGAUUUUAAUCAUCAUGAUGAUGUUACUGGUGUGCGGAUAAUUGGAAAAAUUGUUACAAAGAAUAAAACUGAAGAGAUUAAUUCUAUAGUUCCAAUAAUUUUAAAGAUUAAAAAAGAAGAUAAGCUUCUUGAUGACCGGCUCCUGAUUUUUACAUUGGCUGUGUGUGCCAAAUUUAAUUUGAAAUCAUGUGUAAAAAUGGUUGCAGAUGCUUAUGCAGCAGUCUCUACAAUAUGUACAGAUGGAUUAAAACUAUUGAUGUUUGUUAAAUUCUGUGAAAGAGCUAAUACCCUUCUUUCUGAGCAAGAUUUUUUAACCAUUACGUCUAAUGGCCAUGGUCGUGGUUUUACCAAAUGUAUGACUAACUGGUAUUUAAGUAGAGAUCCAUUACUAACUACAGAACACAUAGUAAGGCAUAAAUCUUAUGAAGGUUGGAGUCAUAAACAUGUGAUGAAACUAAUUCAUCUUCAUUCCAAUGAACCAUGUCGUAUUAUGUACAUUACUUACACUUUGAGUGGUAUCGAAAAGGUUGAACAAUUGUUUGGAUCUAAAAUGAAAGAUGUUUGUAUUGAAGAUAGAGAUGAAACAUUUGAAAAUAAGCAAUUAAAAUUUAUUUACAAUUUUUUAAAUCAAGUAGAAAAUUUAAAUAAAAUGGACGAAAGUACAUUGCGGUAUGAAAUUGAAUUAAAUAGAUGGGGUCAUGAACCUGAAGUUAUUCCACGAGAAAUGCUAAGAAGUUCAACUAUUUUAACUUCACUUGUUAUGCAUUUGCCAUUAAAGAAAAUUUUGGAGAAUACAUUUUUUUUUGCUAAAAACAGAUUAUUUCACAAUUCAACACCUGAUGUAGGACUUUGGGAGUAUAUUUUACGCUUCAACAAUACAAGUCUAUUAAAAAAAUCACAAAUUCAUCCAAUUGAACCGUUUAUAGAAUAUGCUAAAUAUGCUAGAACAAGCAUAAAUAUCUUGAAGUUGCAAAAUAAUAUAAUGAAAAAGGAAGAAAACUCUAUAACUGAAUCAAUUGAUGAUAAAUUAAAAGUGAUAGUAGAGUUACAAAAAACAUCAGAUAAAGAAAAAGUUGUUAUUCAACCAACUGCAGAAAAUGAUGAAACACAAACUCAAAACCAGAAUGAUCAAAUUUGUAGUUCAUCUUCAAGCAGUUAUCAAAAUACAAAACAGAAUUCAACCAAAUGUAAAAAGGUAAAUUCAGCCGAAAUAGCAUUGGAAAAAAAUCAAAGAGUCUUAGUCCAAUUAACUGACAGUAUCAAUCGCAUAUCAACCUUAAAUAUCAACAGUCAACAAAUUAAUCCUGUAUCAACACCAGGAGAAAUAGUAGCGGAUGAGAUUCAAUCAGAAGUUAAUGAUGUCAACCAAAACCAACCAAGUGUUUUAUACUUGAUAAAACCACUUCCAAAAUUAGUAGACAAGCUGUUAACAUUUUUAUCUGAAGAUUUGAUAAAAAAAACUUGCGAAGUCUUAGAUCCUUUAGGCCUUCGUAUAAUGAUAACAUAUGACAGUCGAAUGUGUAUGAAGAAAUCAAUGUGUGCAAAUUCACGAUUGAUCAGUGUGCAUGAAGCUAUUACAUUAAUAACAUUAUCUUUAAUUUACCCAGAAAAAUUAGAAAAUAAACCAACUGUAUAUGGUUUAACUUCAGAAGUAAAUUCAUCUAAGGAAAUUGAAAUUGAUUAUAACCAACCUUUGACUUUUUCCUAUUUAGAAUCCAUAUUGUUCAAAAUACCUGAUGGUUCAGACGCAGCAGAUUCUGAUAAAAAAGAUAUUCCUCAAGUUUAUCCUCAUCUUUCUUUUAAGUGGGCUAAAGAAAAUAAUAAAGAAUUUGAUGUAUUUGUAUUUUUGGGAAAUAACAAAAUGAAUUUGAAACUUUUUAAAGGAAAUAUGAAAGGAUAUCGAGCACAUUUUAAAAUCCCAGUGAAAAUCAUUAUACUUUGUCUAAAUGGAAAGCAUUAUGAACAAAUAAAUCUAGGCCGAGGAAAUAUGUUAUUUAUUAUUGGCUUUGAUAAAAAUGUGGGUAAACUAAUAAAUUCCUUUAUAAAGGAAGAUUUUUAAAAAUUAAAAUACAUUUUGUUGUUUUAAGUUUAAGAUGAAUUCAUUUUUUAUUUGUAUAACUUAUUUCUUAUUAUACAGUUUUAAGUAUAAUACUCUAUUAGUAACACUGGACUUAGUUUCAAAUUGUCUCACUGGCCACUGCUAUUAAUAAACAGAAAGAGCUCUACAUUUACAUAAUGUUGUUAAUACAGUGUCUUGUAUUAAAAUUGUACUAUGAUACUAUAAUUAUAUCUAACAUAGUAAUGAAGUA